AUAAAACAAAUAUUUCUAUAUAUAUUUAAUAAGUUUUUAUUGCCGAACCAUGAAAUGUUUUCCUUAUUAUUUUAUUGAAUAACAAUAGAUAAUAUAGACAUUUGUUAAUUUAAUUGUGUUUAAGCUAUACGAUUAUAUACCAUUAAUUUGUGAUUUCAAGUAAUAUAAUUAAGUUUAAAAACAAAAAUAUUUUCAAAAUAAAUACAUGUAUUAAAUUACACAUGUUACAAUGGAUUCGUAUAUAAUGCAGAUCAGACGUAUGUGGUUGAAUCAGGACGGCGAUGGUUUAGCGGAUUUAUUGUCUUUACGGCAUAAUCAUGUUUCAAUUUCACAAAUUGGAUCUGAAACUGCAAUAACAAAAGCAAUGGAACAUUUAUCUGCUCCACUUGAUGACUUAGUACUUUACCACUUAAAAACUAUAACAGCAAUACAUAAAGAUGACCCAUUGUCUAUGUAUAAUUAUCAAAGUUCUGCAGUUCAAUCUUUAACAAAGAUUCUUCAGAUGCAAAAGGAAGAAAAUUGGAUGUUGCCUGUUAUGAAUGUAAUAUGUUUAGAAUUACGGUUAUUAGCAGUUUGUGCAGAGAAUACAAGAUCCAGCAAAAAUGUGAAGCCUGGAGAAAUUUUGGAGAAAUGUGCAGAUUGCCUAAUGGGAUGUUUUCGAGUAUGUGCUUGCGACAAUCGUAGUUCAGAAGAUGAUACAAAAAGAUGGGGAAUGUUGGCAUUAGUUAACCAGUUAUUGAAAAUUUAUUUUAGAAUAAAUAAAUUGCAUUUAUGUAAACCUUUAAUAAGGGCAAUAGAAUCAUCCCCAUAUAAAGCACAUUUUGCAUUAGCACAACAAAUUACUUAUAAAUUUUUCGUUGGCCGUAAAGCAAUGUUUGAUAGUGAUUACAAAGCUGCUGAUGAAUAUCUUACUUAUGCUUUUGAACAUUGUCAUAAACAAUCUUCAAAAAACAAACGAUUAAUUUUAACUUAUCUUGUGCCAGUGAAAAUGUUAUUAGGGUAUAUGCCUAAACAUAACUUACUAGAAAAAUAUAACUUAAUGGAAUUUGGAGAAUUAAUGGAAGCUGUUAAAAGAGGAGAUUUAUGCAAUCUUGAAAAAGUGAUGGAAAAACACGAAUUAUUUUUUAUAGGAGCAGGAAUAUAUUUAAUUGUGGAAAAAUUGAAGAUAAUAGCAUACAGAAAUUUAUUUAAAAAAGUGUAUUUAGUAUUAAAUAUACAUCAGAUUCCUAUCCAAGAUUUACUUUCAGCAUUGGAAAUGCAAGGAAUUGAUGAUGUUGAUAUGGAUGAAGUAGAAUGCAUUGUGGCAAAUUUAAUAUUUGAAGGAAAAAUUAAAGGAUACAUAUCUCAUCAACAUAAAAAAUUAGUCAUCUCUAAACAAAAUCCAUUUCCAAGACUUUCAACUAUACUUUAAUUAUCUUUAGAUUACAUGUAUCUUUUUAUAAGAAAUAAAUUUAAAUUCAAUAAAAUUGAUUUAAUUGAUUUUAGUACCUUCAACAAUUCUAGAUCUAAAUGUAAAUAUCUAUAAUCUGCAUCAUCAUAUAAAUGAAAUCAAAUUUGUUUACUAUAUUUUAAGAUUACAAAUUAAUAAAAUUUGGAAAUCUAGAAUAUAUACAUAUGUAUGUAUCAUUAGCUCUUUUUGAUCAAUUUAAAUUAGUAUUAAAAUGGUUAAAUGAUCCUAAAUUCCUUAGUGAUGUAAUAUAACAAAAUGAGAUUUGAUGAAAUAUGUAUAUACAGAGAAAAAACCCUUUCUGAUAGAAAGCUCUUUUUAUCCUUCUCUUAUGACAAGAAGUGAAUAGAAGAGCUAUGUAUUCGUUUUUCUUAAUUAUUCUUAAUUAUACACACAUUAAUAAUUACAUACAUGUGUCAUUUCCUGUUGCAGUAAUAAUACUUUUCUAUUUUAAUUUACAUAUAUUCAACAAAGCAAAAGUGUAUUUGUAUAAAUGAUAUAAAAAUCAAACUUGUAUUAUUUUUAAUACAAUUUUGUAUGUAAAAAGAUAAAUUUAAGAAUAAGAAAUAUUUUGCGAAAAUUAUAUAUCGAUAUUUUCUUUCAAUUUCAUAUGGAUAUAAAGAAUUUCGACAAUCCCACUAACCGAGCAGACACACAUAUAUAUAUAUAAUCAUAAGAUAUUUUCCUAUACUUAAUAACUCCAUUACUUAGUAAAAAGCUUAAAGUAAUCCUUUUUUACAAUUAUUUAUUAGAAUUUCGAAUUUCAAACGAUUAUGAAACGUAAAAAAUGAUGACUAUUAAUAUUUACGUAUCUGUAUUGAAAUAUAGAUUAUGGAAUGUUAACCUAGAGACUUUUUCAUAUGACAUCUUUCACGUGGCUUUAACAAACCCUAAGCGAUUUUGAAUACUUAUGAGAUUAAGUGUGUGUCAUGUAUUGAUUGUUAAAUAGAUAUUAAUUGUUUAAAUAUAUUAAAUACUUGUACCUAUAAUUUACUAAGAAAAUGACGGUAA